CGAUGUUUAUUACUUUUGGCAGAAUGCACAGCGAAGAAUGGAGGAUCGAUAGUAGAGCAUCAUCCGUCUUCUUAUUGGGAGCAAUCCUUUAGUCAGCCUUAUUUCGACAAUACGACAAAAAGGGAAACCACGACAACUGUAGGCCAAACCGCUUUUCUUCAUUGCAGAGUGCGCAAUCUUGGUGAUCGUGCUGUUUCAUGGAUCAGGAAACGAGAUUUACAUAUUCUCACCGUGGGAAUCUUAACAUAUACAAACGAUCAACGUUUCCAAUCAUUACACCGAGAUGGAUCUGACGAAUGGACUUUAAGAAUUAGUUCACCACAGGUUCGAGAUAGCGGAACAUAUGAAUGUCAAGUUUCAACUGAAUCGAAAAUCAGUCAGGCUUUUAAUUUGAGUGUCGUAGUGUCAAAGGCGAAGAUCAAUGGUAACUCAGAACUAUACAUCAAGAGCGGAAGCGAUAUCAAUCUGACCUGUAUAGUAUUGCAGACUCCUGAACCACCGUCUUUCAUUUAUUGGUAUAAAGAUGAUCACGUGAUAAAUUACAGUCAAAGAGGAGGUAUCAAUGUAGUAACUGAAAAACAAACACGAACAUCGCGUCUCUUGAUAUCCAGAGCAUUACCUGCUGAUUCUGGAAAUUAUACAUGUGCUCCGUCUACGGCCGAGUCAGCUAGUGUUCUAGUUCACGUACUCAAUGGUGAGUUAGAAUAAUAAAAAACCGUCUCGCUUGUAUG